AUGGAGAAUGAACUGUUCCAGAAGAUCCCAAGCUUGCAAGUGAUGAUCUGUCGCCAGUGCAAGCAUGGCGUACGACCGGUGGAGGUCGAGCGACAUCUGAAGCGGAAGCAUCAGUUCAAGCAUCAAUCCGCCCACCAGUUGGCUCAGGCAAUCCGACAGUGGGAGGAUAUUGAACAGGACAGUGCGGCCAUCCAGAUCCCAUGCAUAUUGAACGACCCGCUGCCCAUCAUCCCCUGUGAACCCAAUGGUUUGUUAUGCCAACGACAGGACCCCCCGUGCCAUUAUGUGGCAUCCAGCAUGGACACCAUGCGAAAGCACUGGCGCCAGGUCCAUCAAUGGUCCCAACAGACCCGCCGUGGCCGGGUUGGCCAGAGAGAGCGCACACAAGGGGCCGCUGAGCUCCGGCGUUCAUUCACCACUGUAGCGUGGCAGCAGAUCUUCCCAUCGGGCCCGGGGUCCCAUUACAUCCAUAUCCGCUUCCCAGAGGGCCACCCACCACCACCACCGCCCCCCGCGGACCAGGCCCAAUGGGCUGUCGAUGCCAUCAUCACCGCAUGGGAUCAGGCUCGAACGGCCCAGGAACAACAGGCCGUCAUCCAGGCCGAUCGGAUCACCGAUGCUAACCCGUGGCUCCGCCGGACCGGGUGGGCACGAUACCUGGAAGGUGUGCACCCCCAGGACCUGCUCCGGCUGGUGGAAGCGCCCCCCGAGGAGCCCCCGGAUCCCAUUGAACAGGCCAUCCAGGCCAUUUGGAAUGCCAUGGGCCAGUUGGCCCGGCGGAGCCAGCAGACCGUGCAGCGGUGUGGAACCGGCAUUUGUAUGGAGGCGGCCCGGACCGAGGCCGGACAGACCCCAUACCGGCCGCUCCAGGCGUACAUGGAUGAAACCAGUGUCCAGAAGCAUGUGCAGGCGUGGCAGCAAGUGUUGGGCUUCAUUGCACGCACACAGGCCACCCAGGCCGGACAGGGCAUGCGGGAGUGGUGUGGUCCGCUGCCCGUGUAUGGGAUGACCGCGCGGCAGCAGCGGAAGUGGCAGAUCUUGUGGCAGCUUGCCAUGCCCACCAUGGCGAGGCCCCAACAGGCGCCCCAUCGAGCCCGGGCUCGGGCGGUCCAUAUGUUCCCCGGGGCCGGUCGGAUCCUAGAGCAGGGUGGGAACCCCGGCAGUUAUCGGGCCACCGAGGGGCAUGGGGUGAGCCCCGAGCAUGUGGAAGAAGCAGAGGAGACUGGCAAUGCAGGCAGCACUGAGCCGGCAUGGAUGAUGAGCCCAAUGGAGCGUGCCUGCUUGGAGUUUUGCAUUGAGCUGCUCAACCAGCGCCACCGUGCCCAUGAAUAUGAAAGCCCCCUUGUGUGUGCCAUGGCGGUGCUCGGCUGGGGGGAGACUGGGUGGCGUGAUCCCGACAGUUACCCCCCCAUUUUAUCGCGGAUGAUCAAGCUUGCGCGGUUCAUGGUGGUGCAGAAGGCACUGUGGUUGGAUCCCCAUGUGGGGGACAUUAUUCAGAUGUGGCAGGCACAGGCUAGCACAGUGAAUGGCACUCCGAAUGGCACUCCGAAUGGCACUCCGAAUGGCACUCCGAAUGGCACUCCGAAUGGCACUCCGAAUGGCACUCCGAAUGGCACUCCGAAUGGCACUCCAAAUGGCACACCGGCUAGCCCAAUAGCAUGGCCGUUGGCCAGUGCAGAUGCCCAACUGGCCGAUAUCGAUGAGGGCUGUGAUAGUGCCAGUCCCACACGCUCCACCCCCACCACAGUGCACGAUCGCCCGUCAUUUCAUGACCAUGUGCAGCAGAUGGUCAGCCGCUUCAUGAUCCGUGGCACCCAUGGGCCCAUGCAGACAUUGCUCGACUGGCGCACAUAUGGGUUGAAGAUCCAUUACAAUAGCACGGCGCCGGGCCAUGUGGCGUGGAUGGGAGCCGAUGAGCUGUUGUACAAGGAUCUGCAUUUCACGAUGGGUGAAUUCCGUGGGUUCAUCCACAGGCUGGUUGGGGCCACACGGGAGCUGCUGUGUGAACUAUUAUGUAUUGCCGAUGGUUCCAGCAGCGCCCACACCCCAAGCACCAUGCCGCUGCCCGCCAUCCCGUGGCAGGGCUUGUAUGAUGAUCCCACCCAGGGGCACCCGGGCUGGAACUUUUUGCAUGAUCGCCGGACCCGAGCGCCCCGUGCAGCAGCAAUUCAUGCGCCGGGGGCGAUCCACUGCCCAUUGGUGGCACAGUAUCUGGCCCGGGUGGCCCGGUUCAAGGAGAAACUGGCCGUGGCCAUCCAUAUGACGGCGGGGCAGCCGGCACGGGCCCCCGAGCUGCUCAGUGUGCAGUAUGUCAACACGCCGAACAACCAAUUCCGCAAUGUGUUCAUUGAGGAUGGGAUGGUGACACUGGUGACUGCAUACCACAAGGGCUUCCAUGCGAGCAACGACAGCAAGCUGAUCCACCGGUAUGUGCCACGGGCGGUCGGGGAGUUGGUGGUGUGGUAUAUGUGGCUGGCGAUGCCAUUCAUUGACCAGUUGACAGCGUGGCAGGCCGGCACUGCGCAUGGCACGGUGAAUGGCACGGUGAAUGGUACAGUGAAUGGCAUGUCGAACGGCACAUCGAACGGCACAUCAAACGGCACAGCGAAUGGCAUAUCAAACGGCACACUGAAUGGCACAUCGAACAGCACAUUGAACGGCACAUUGAACGGCAUAUCGAAUGGCACAUCAAACGGCACACUGAAUGGCACAUCGAACAGCACAUUGAACGGCACAUGGAAUGGCACACCGAAUGGUACGGUGAAUGGCAUGUCAAAUGGUAGACUGAACGGCACAUCAAACAGCACAUCGAAUGGCACACCGAUUGGCACACCGAUUGGCACACAGGCCGGCACAUCAAAUGCCAUGUCGAAUGGCACAACGAUUGGCACAUCGAACGGCACAUCGAAUGGCACAUUGAACAGCACAGCGAACGGCACAUCGAAUGGCACAUUGAACGGCACAGCGAACGGCACAUCAAACAGCACACUGAAUGGCACAUUGAACAGCACAUUGAACGGCACAUGGAAUGGCACACCGAAUGGUACGGUGAAUGGCAUGUCAAAUGGUAGACUGAACGGCACAUCAAACAGCACAUCGAAUGGCACACCGAUUGGCACACCGAUUGGCACACAGGCCGGCACAUCAAAUGCCAUGUCGAAUGGCACAACGAUUGGCACAUCGAACGGCACAUCGAAUGGCACAUUGAACAGCACAGCGAACGGCACAUCGAAUGGCACAUUGAACGGCACAGCGAACGGCACAUCAAACAGCACACUGAAUGGCACAUUGAACAGCACAUUGAACGGCACAUGGAAUGGCACACCGAAUGGUACGGUGAAUGGCACAUUGAAUGGCACACUGAAUGGCACGGCGAAUGGCACACGAGCCGGCACGGUCGAUGGCACAUCAAACAGCACAUUGAACGGCACAUGGAAUGGCACGCACAUUGAACGGCACAUGGAAUGGCACACGAGCCGGCACGGUCAAUGGCACACUGAAUGGCACGGCGAACGGCACACUGAAUGGCUCAUUGAUUGGCACGUCGAACGGCACAUCGGCAUGGGUUAUUAG